AUGGCUAGCAUUCUUGACGAUGAUGGGCUGUUUCAAUCAGACGACUUUUCACCGUCGGAUUACAUUCGUGAUCGUCUAAAAGGUGUGAAGACGGGAGAUGAGACGCGAAAACUUCGCCAAUUACGAUCGGAGAUGAGCGCGUUAAACCAUGCAUCGCAAGAAACAUUGAAGAACAACGUUUUUCGAAAUUAUCAGCAAUUUAUUGAUUCUUCAAAGGAGAUUUCUCAUUUGGAACGAGAAAUCUAUCAAUUAUCAAAUCAUUUAAUGGAACAAAAGCAGGUUAUUGAGAAUCUAAUAAUGAUGACGGGUGAUGAUAAAAGCUCAAUUCAUACGGUUUCGAGCCAUUCAACGGCGAUUUCAAGUACAAAUACAAUUCAAAUUCUGAUGCAGAAAAUGGACGGAAUCGGGGGAAUCUUAAACAACAUGUCUAGCACCGAAAAAGUCAUACUUUACGGCGAAAUGGAGCAAUUUGAUAUGGAAACGAAAAAACCGAUGCAAAAAUGUAUGCUCAUCCUUCUUUCUCAUAGAUUAAUUAUUGGAAACGUGAAUGCGGCGGGUCGAUAUGUCAUGGAAUCGACACUGUCGUUGAACAGCGUGGCGCCGGUGAACGUGAAGGAUCGUGAGUCGGGCGCGGCGAACGCCGGCAAAGUGCUGAAGCUUCUCAUAUUCCCGGAGAGUCGAUGCUAUCUAUGCGAGAGCGCUCGAAUUCGAAAAUUGUGGUUCGACGAGCUCGAGCAGGCGAAACGCGACAUUUUGCACGAGGGAAGUCUUGUGAGACAGGCGACGAUACGCGGAAAACGCCAAACGGUGAAGGAUCGCGCCGCCAAGGCGUCGGCUUCUCCCACCGAGAAGAAGUAUCACGCGUUUCCCGAGGAGGAGGAGGAAGAAGUCGAUGAAAAGACAUAUUUUAAAAAAAAUAAUAGUUCGAAUUCAGACGAGAACGACCUUUCAUGGCUCGCCGAGCUUCCCGCCGAACUCGACGACUGCAUCGCGCAUCGCGAUCUCGAGCAAGCCGUCGAGCUCAUACACGAGUGGAAGCAGUGUCCGACGAAAGACGCCGUCAUCGACGUUCAAUUGCAAAUGCGCGAAAAUCAGAUUGUUCAAUUGCUGAGCGAAGACGUUAGUCGUCCGGGAGCGAUUCACGGCGGCCCGCGAGCGAUGAAAAAAGCGCGAACACUUUUGACGCAACUCGGACGCGGCACCUAUGCGACGGAUGUGUACUUGAGGCGGAGAAGCGCGAUUCAGCGCAACGCGAUGAAAGAUGUGACGGUGUCGGAAGAGCCGAUCUCGUAUGUCCGACAACUCUGCGCGCUGUAUUCGAGCGCGGUUUCGGACAUUGCCAAUGAAUACCGAGCGAUGCCUCAAUAUUAUUGUCAGGUGCUUCAAUGGUGCUCCUAUGAGCUGAGCACACUGCUCUCGCUUAUUAGGCGACAUGUGAUCGAGGUGGCUCCGGCGAUUGCGGUAUUGGCGUACGCCUGGAAGUAUGUCAUGCAUACGAUGAACGAUCUCACUGCGAUCGGAGUGCAUUUGAAUUUUGAGGUGAAUCGAUUGCUUGGUCAGCCGCUCGAAAACGCGCUUCAAACGAAUUUCGAGAACAUCAUCGAUGCGGUGAAAAUGCGAAUUACGGAGGAGAAAUGGAGGCCCUACGUGCUCGAAUCCGAAUCGGCGCUGAAUCGUUUGAUCGAGGAGCUCGCCGAUGUCGGAAUCAAUGUCGAAUGGGCGAUAUCGGCGAAUGAUGAGACGAGAUGCUCGUUGAACGUCUCGCAGAAUGUUGUGCAUUUCGCGCGUGUCGCGCAUACGCUGUCGAAAGAUUUGGCACCGUUGAGAUUAUCGCCAGCGCAGGUUCUUUGCGAGGUGUACGCGGACGAGUUGUGGAAAAUGUUUCUGCAACAUCUGUCGGAUAGCAUUCGCGACGGCGCCGUUUUCGCGUACUCGACGACAUUUAUUUUGACGCAGGUUUUGCCGGUAUGCGACCGCGUUCUUUAUGGGGCCGAAGGCGAAUUAACAAGAUUGAUUGAGGAGUAUCCGAAAUUAGCGCCGUAUGCUGAUGAAUCCGAUGAUGAGAAUGCGUUGACGAAAGAGGAUGAAGAGAUUGCGCACGUUUAG